CAACUAAUAUUUUAUCACCGAUAUUUAUACCGAUUUUAUCACUUUUUUACUGGGUCGCCAAUAUUAGAUAAGGGCAAGUCUGCUCGAAUUAUUCAAAAUACCAUCAGAAUAAAUAAAUGUUUUCUAAAAGAAGGUGAUAUAUUUCUUGGCCAUAGCCUUUGAUUUGAAAUGAACUCUUGUUUAAAAUACUAUAAAACCAUCUUAUGAUUUAUGGAAUUGUUUUAACCUCUUAGUAAAAUAGCCUUGAUGCCUGUGUGAAUAUAAUAUACAAAUUUUGACAAGAAAUUUCUUAUCUCUCUAAUUAUUGUUCUUGUUCUUGUUCUUCAUAAUACUUAUAUUGCAAAUUAAAAUUUCAAUUAUAGACAUACGAACCUACAAUAAUUAUAAUAAAGAAUAAUUAGGUAGCCAACUUAAAAAUCCAUAACAUACCACUUGCAUAUUUUUCAUUGGUAAGAUUAAUUUGAUUCAGUGUGUUUCAUACAUGUUAUAUUCUAAUUUAUGGCAGAUAUUAAACAUCUUGGAGGAUAUGAACCGGAUUUUUAUACGUUAAUUUUUUAUAGUUAUAGAAAAAUACUUCGAAUGUAAUAUUUUAUGGUGUCGUUGACUUGUUUGUCGCUUUAGUGUAGCAUUGUCAGCAAAGGAAUGAAGUCCUGGCUUGAUAUACUCAUAGAACUGGAUAUAAGGUGUGGGCAGAUGUCCCGAUAUCGCAGUCACUAGAUAACAAUUGGGAAGAAACUAUAAAAUGGUAAAAGGUACGCGUCUCAGGUGCUUCAUUGCUAUAUUCUUUGUGGCUGUCAGCGAUUAUUGGCCAAAGACCUUUGGACUGGGCAAUUUGGCGAAGAAACAUAUUUACAACAACAAUGGUUUCGGGCAAUACAGUUUUGAGUUCGAGACAUCAGAUGGAACCUAUCGUCAUGAAGAUGGCGGACUCUUUCUCAAUUUUCUUGGUGUCAGUCAAUUUGCAGUACGAGGAGAAUACCGUUAUAAGGACCCUCAAGGGAACUAUCACGCUAUGAAAUAUAUCGCAGAUGAAAAUGGAUUUCAACCUGUAGAACAUGAUGACUUGAACAGAUUCAAUGAUAGAAGAAUUGUAAAAUAAUUACUAAGUGUAAUAUUUCAAUUUAAAAUAGAGUCAUCUACGAAUGAUAUGAGUGUAUACAUUACAACUAUGAGUGAAAUUAAAUGUAAAAUUAUA